CACUGUGACAGUAAACUAUUUUCUCACACUGAGCGUCAGCGUCCGCGUCAGCAGGCACUACCCGAGUGAUGUACGCUCAUAAUUUCUCCUGGCUGAUUCCUUUAACAAGGUUGGUGCACUAUUGUUGGUAAGUGUCCCCAUUGCUCUCUUUUUAUUUUAUUGAUGUUGAACAUGUCAUCAUCUGACGAUGUUGCUACAACGAACAGGCUAAGACUGACUGUCCCCUCAUUGAUUAUGAGAGAGUUACAUCAAAUUGUAUGCUGACGCAGUAGUUGUAAGAUGAUCAAUAAGCUGCAUAAAGGAGUAUCAAAAAUUCGUAUUUCGUUUGCUAGCAUUCAGCAUUUUCCUUGUACCAACAAAGACUGGUACUAAGGUAAGUGUAGAUUGAUCCUGACUUGAUGAGAAGACCACCACCACAUUUACAUACAUUUGCAUGGAUUUUUCUUCUUUGGAGGAUAAAGAUGAUAGCAGGUCUUUGCAGCGUGCCUUUUCGGCAGAUUGCCAUGCUUUAUGGAACUGCCUGGAAGGAGGAGAGAACCACGGAGCUAGUAAAACGAGCGUUUCAGCUUGGCUUUAGGGGUGUCGAUACGGCGUGUCAACCGAAACAUUACCAAGAGCACCUUGUCGGCCAAGCCUUGAAGGAACUUAUCGAUGAGGUUGGAAUUUGAAAAUAAUAUUAAUAUGCUAGUCGUGACGCGAGUGUUUAGUUGCUAAGAGGAAAGGCGAAGAUCAAAGAAAAAGGAGGGCAACACUGCUAGGGACUAGAAGAAGAGCAGAGGGGGGCGGGCGUUGGAGGCCAAAGUGCUACAGCCGCCGCAAAGUGGCCGCCGCGGGACGCUUCUCGCGAGCAGGGCGCGGCAGCGAAUUGCUGCGCCGUUCAGUUUUUCCUGCAUUUUGGAAGCCAUUACAAGGACAAAACGCGCACGCGGUGCACGUUUUAUCCCGUUAACGUCUCGAAAGGCCCAAAGGGGGAAAACACGCCAGCCCGCCCGCGGACAAGGCCGCCUGCAGCGCUUCUACCCGGCCUGGGAACCUGCUCAGGGAAGUCUCGCCGUCCGCAUUGCGUGGCUUGCGGCCUUGUGGCGUGUUUCUUCUCGCCCUCCCUCGGCGGGUUCGUUCUGGCUUUUCGUGUUGCAAGCCUUGAGAUGGGCAAACCUUGAGAGGGGCAAACCCUGAGAGGGGCAAAACCUGAGAGAGGCAAACCCUGAGAGGGGCAAACCCUGAGGACGCCAGGGGGGCCCCCCCUGGCACGCUAAAAAUGGGAUCGCUAAUAUGAUUCUCAAAACCCUGAGUUUUGAAACCUUGAGGUGAAAAAUUAGGAGGCAAACCCUGAGGCUGAAGCCUUGGGUUUUUUCCGCUGUUUGGUCUACCCUGAGAGCCAAAACCCUGGGAGCGGUCCAAAACCUUGGCUUUUUUUCCGCGAGCGUGAACCGUCUCCGACUUAGCGGCUCCCUCACAAACUCUGCAGAACUCUGGCUUUCGUUUCCUCUAAACCCUGGAAUUCCAUUUGGCGCCCCUUAAAACCCUGACUUUCGACCUCGAUUCUUGUCGAUUCGUAUAUAAAAGGAAUAAGGUGCCACUCAGAAUUAGCAUACUACUACUAGGUGCAGAUUGAUUGGCAAAACGAUGUGAGUCGUCUUUAGAGUUUUUUGUGUCAUUGAUUGACUUCGGUUCUAAUUAUUCUUGUCACCGUAAGAUGGAGCUCCCUUGGCAAUAUGGAGCUACCUUUGUCUUCCAAUUUCAUAAAAUACACAUGUUGCUACAACGAAUCACUGACUCGCACUCACUCUCAGGGCGUAAUAACACGGCAGGAUGUGUGGAUCCAAACGAAGUAUACGUCUAUUGAUGGCCAGGACGCGAACAAGGUGCCAUACGAUAAGGAUGCGCCGCUUGAGGAGCAGGUGCGGCAAAGUGUAGAGGUAAGUCGACAGAACCUUCAAGUUGAGCAAAUCGACAGUCUAGUAUUGCAUGGACCGGUGAAGGGCCGAGCAGAUCUCACAAUGAAGGCGUGGAGAGCAAUGGAAAACGCAGUUGACGAGGGAAAGUUAUGCCUUGAUUUUAACAACAACUGAUAGUAUCAUACAAUCUAACGUGUGGCGAGGUGAAGUAAUAACUAUUCUAUCACGCUCCAAACAGUUUGGCGCCACACAAAAAGUGGCCUUACAUGAAAGGUUUUCGCUCUGCUUUCUUGGAGACAGACGGCCUCCGCUUUUACACACGGUUCCGUAUGUAAAACCGACACGACUCGAAGGAGCUCAGCAGGAGCCUCCAAUUGGACUGGCGUGAGAGGUUCCUUGCGAUGGGCUUCUUUGGAGGUGGAUGCCACUUUUGCAUGCGAUUCCGUAUGUUGUAAAAGCGACACGACGGACUUGAAGGAUCUCAGGAGUCUCCACUCUUAGACCAACAGCAGUGUCAGAUUCUCUCUUUCCGGUGAUCUGCGCCUCUUCUAAUCCUCGUUGCUCACCUCGGAGUAUCAAAUGUUUACGACUUACCUUUUUUCGAGUACCUUUAUACCGAGGCAAGAUACAAGCCCAUUGUAUUGCAGAACCGUUUUUACGUGCAGACUGGAUUUGACAGAGAGCUGCGAGACUUUUGCAGGGAGAGGAAUAUUAGGUACUGAAUGAUCAAAAAGAUGUACUUACUAGCUGAAGUUUUGAAAUUUUGAAUUGAAGAGUUGAGCUUCAUGUCCACUUUUUCAUCACCUACGCUUCUUCUUUAGCUUUAGAGUGGGGCCUAUGCAUCAAUUUUUAAAUUGCAAAGCUAGUCCUAGUCAGUGUCUUUCUUUAAACCAGCUGCACAAGGCUACACUCUUACAGGUAUCAAUCCUUCUGGACGCUAACCGCGAAUCCUGGUUUGCUCAAGUCACCACCGGUUCAAAGAUUGGCGCAGACCUACAACGCGACAUCUUCGCAGGUUCUAUAUCGAUACAUAAUUGACAGUAGUGGAGGCCAGCCUUUGUCCGGUUGCAAGGACCCACAGCACAUUCAGGAAGCUGUCGCAGUCCAGAGCCUUGGACCUCUGACGGAGGCGGACGUAGCAUCGAUUGAAGAGGUCAUGUACGCAGGCCGAAAGGGAUCCAGCAAACGAGAACUUUAGAGGUAGUAAAGGAGCAUCUUUGAUAAAAUUAGAAUGAGCAGAGCUGCUACUUACUUUUUGUACCACUGCUUCUGAUUUGUUGUAACUUUUUUCCUACGUGGUACCCUCAAUUUACGCAAUCUACCAGAUACUUCUCAACGUGGAGCAGCUUGCAGGACUCACUGGUGAUGUGAACAAGGACUCAGAUUAUUCCAAGAAAAAUUACAUCGGAAGCGUCAAAUUAUAGAAUAUCCACCUCACUUACACUCCGUUAUCAAUCGCGAUUGUAUCACUGAUACUACAUUUCUGCUUUGUCGUAGACGACAUUUUUCACAAAAUCAUUGCUACGCCAGCAGCUGUUGUUCAGCUCUUGCCCAGCAAUAUGGUGUUAGGGGAUUACAUUAUGGUACAUGCGAAAAGUCAAAGUCAUGAUGACAAAAAGGCGGUUACGCUUUCGUCGUGAUGCGCUUCUCGUUUUUUAUAGUCCUUUUUUUGUUCCGGAUAGCAAUGCAAACGAACAAAAAGACGUUGGAGUAUCUCAAGCUUUGGUGAAAAAUAGAUAUUACCAUUUUGUUUGGAUUCUUCUGAGU